CCAAUUCUCGUUCAUUCUGUUGGAGUCUUUCUCGGAUAUUACACGCUGACUGUAAUCCGUGGUGAGUGUCAGAACCAGAAGAUAGUUCUUGUGCCGUGAAAACCUUAGUGAUUUAUUACUUUUGUUUCAAAAUUGUGUUAGUAUUUAGAUACUAACCAAAAAUGGGCAAGGAAAAGACACACAUUAACAUCGUCGUCAUUGGACACGUCGACUCCGGCAAGUCCACCACCACCGGCCACUUGAUCUACAAAUGUGGUGGUAUCGACAAACGUACCAUCGAGAAGUUCGAGAAGGAGGCCCAAGAAAUGGGCAAAGGUUCCUUCAAGUACGCCUGGGUUUUGGACAAACUGAAGGCUGAGCGUGAGCGUGGUAUCACUAUCGACAUCGCCCUGUGGAAGUUCGAGACUAGCAAAUACUAUGUCACCAUCAUCGACGCUCCCGGACACAGAGAUUUCAUCAAGAACAUGAUCACAGGAACGUCGCAGGCCGACUGCGCCGUGCUCAUCGUCGCCGCCGGUACCGGUGAGUUCGAAGCUGGUAUCUCCAAGAACGGUCAGACCCGCGAGCACGCUCUGCUCGCCUUCACACUCGGUGUCAAGCAAUUGAUCGUCGGUGUCAACAAAAUGGAUUCCACUGAGCCGCCAUACAGCGAGUCCCGUUUCGAGGAAAUCAAGAAGGAAGUAUCGUCAUACAUUAAGAAAAUCGGUUACAACCCAGCGGCUGUCGCUUUCGUACCCAUUUCUGGCUGGCACGGAGACAACAUGCUGGAGCCAUCCACCAAAAUGCCCUGGUUCAAGGGGUGGAAUGUUGAGCGUAAGGAGGGCAAGGCUGAGGGCAAAUGCCUGAUUGAAGCUUUGGAUGCCAUCCUGCCCCCGGCUCGUCCCACUGACAAGGCUCUGCGUCUUCCCCUGCAGGACGUAUACAAAAUUGGUGGUAUUGGUACAGUGCCCGUAGGCAGAGUUGAAACUGGUGUCCUCAAGCCUGGUACCAUUGUCGUGUUUGCGCCUGCUAACAUCACCACUGAGGUUAAGUCUGUUGAAAUGCACCACGAAGCUCUCCAGGAAGCCGUACCUGGUGACAAUGUCGGUUUCAACGUAAAGAACGUUUCCGUUAAGGAAUUGCGUCGUGGUUACGUCGCUGGCGACUCCAAAAACAAUCCCCCCAGAGGAGCUGCAGACUUCACUGCACAGGUCAUCGUUCUCAACCACCCUGGUCAAAUCUCCAAUGGUUACACACCAGUAUUGGAUUGCCACACAGCUCACAUUGCCUGCAAAUUCGCCGAAAUUAAAGAGAAGGUCGACCGUCGUACUGGUAAAUCCACUGAAGACAACCCCAAGUCCAUCAAAUCUGGUGAUGCUGCCAUUGUCAACCUUGUGCCCUCCAAGCCUCUGUGCGUGGAAUCCUUCCAGGAGUUCCCGCCUCUGGGUCGUUUUGCCGUGCGUGACAUGAGGCAGACCGUCGCCGUCGGUGUCAUCAAGGCUGUCAACUUCAAGGAAGGUGCCGGUGGAAAGGUCACCAAAGCUGCCGAGAAGGCUACCAAGGGCAAAAAGUAGCUAGCGCUUUUAACAGCACAAUUCUUUAUAAAGCUGCGCCACUUCAUUCACCGAAAGGUGUUCAGAAGGAAAAAAGGGCUACAAACUCAUUCCUUUU